GUCAGUAGAUGAGGCGGGGCUUGUCAAUUUGAUUGGCGUCGUGUUCUCUGGUAGUCUGCUGCGGGACCAGGACAGACAGCUGAGGGGGGCUUGAAUGUCCAACCGGGACGGUCGGUAGACCAACGCGAACUCGCACGCACAACUCACAGGUCUUCACAGUUGACUGAUGAGCAGCCAGUAGGACGGGGGUUGGGCUACAUCAACUGGCACAGAGGGUCAGCAGUGCCAGACAAGACGAUUGGAGGACAGAAGACAUAGUUGCAGAGCUGCUGGUGGUUUACUAGUGGUUAGCCGUAGCAUACUUGUGGCAGCAGGGAGGAAGAAGGAGGGCUUGGCGAUGGUCACGGCAAUGGAGGAUGCGUGUCCCAACGGGGUACGCGAGGAGGAGGAGAUGACGUCCCCGGGACAACCUGGUGUAGAAGGGCCCUCUGCUGUGCAAUCCCCCCAGGAGCCAAAUACAUCUGGAGCCAUGCAGCAGGUGUUGGAUAAUGCGGCUGAGGCUCCCACCUCCGCAGGCGCCAAAGACAUCGACCUGCUCUUCCUGCGUGGCAUCAUGGAAAGUCCUGUGGCUCAAGAGCAGUUGGAGGAGCCAAAGCUGGAGGCGGUGCAGGACAACAACAUGGAGCUUGUGACCGAGAUCCUGGGCGACAUCAGCAACCUUAAGGUUAAAGAUGACAGUGCUGCUGAGCUGUCCAGGAUCCUCAAGGAGCCUCACUUCCAGUCUCUUUUGGAGGCACAUGACAUGGUGGCAUCCAAAUGCUACGAAGUCCCGCCCCCGACCGAGAUACCCAAUGAUGCAGCGGUGAACAGCGCUCUCAUGCAGGCUGAUGCUGUGCGCAUGAUUGGCAUCCGAAAGAAGGCCGGCGAGCCACUGGGCGUGACAUUUCGAGUGGAAAAAGAAGAUCUCGUCAUCGCUCGAAUCCUCCAUGGCGGAAUGAUUGACAGGCAGGGUCUGCUCCACGUGGGUGACAUCAUAAAAGAGGUGAAUGGAAAGGAGGUCGGCAACAACCCCACCGAGCUGCAGGAGAUGCUCAAAGACUGCAGCGGAGGGAUCACGCUAAAAAUCCUCCCGAGCUACCGAGACGCUCCCGCUCCUCCCCAGGUUUAUGUGAGGCCAUACUUCGACUACAACCCAGCCAAUGAUAACCUGAUCCCUUGCCGAGAGGCGGGAAUGGCCUUCAAGAGAGGCGACAUCCUUCAGAUUGUCAACAGAGAGGAUCCCAACUGGUGGCAGGCGUGCCAUAUGGUCGGAGGUGCUACAGGACUGAUACCCAGUCAGUUCUUGGAAGAGAAGAGGAAAGCUUUCGUCCCUCGAGACUUUGAUGGAUCAGGGAUCCUUUGUGGAACUAUUGCUGGAAAGAAGAAGAAGAAAAUGAUGUACCUGACAGCCAAGAAUGCAGAGUUCGACAGGCAUGAGCUUAUGAUCUACGAAGAAGUGGCAAAGGUACCCGCAUUCCAGAGGAAGACACUGGUUCUGAUUGGUGCUCAGGGCGUGGGUCGACGCAGCCUCAAAAACCGACUCAUGGUUCUUCAUCCCACACGCUUUGGCACGACCAUACCCUACACUUCUCGGCGGCCACGUGACGAAGAGUUGGAUGGUAACUCCUACCAUUUCACCACAAGGACAGAGAUGGAGGUAGAUGUGAAAGCCGGGCGGUUCCUGGAGCACGGCGAAUACGACGGUAACCUCUACGGCACAAAGAUCGAGUCCAUCCAUGAGGUGGUGGGAACAGGACGCACCUGCAUCCUGGAUGUCAACCCACAGGCUCUGAAGGUGCUGAAAACAGCAGAGUUCAUGCCUUACGUGGUAUUCAUUGCAGCGCCAGAUUUUGAUACUCUCAAGGGCAUGCACAAAGCUGUGGUGGACGCAGGCAUCACAACCAAGCAACUCACGGACGUGGACCUGAAGAAGACAGUAGAUGAGAGCGCUCGGAUCCAGAGGGCGUACAACCACUACUUCGACCUGACCAUCGUCAACGACAACUUGGACAAGGCCUUCGAGACAUUACAGGCCGCUGUGGACACGCUGUGCAACGAGCCCCAGUGGGUCCCGGUCAACUGGGUGUACUGAGAACCAGCUGCUGUGUUCACACUGACCACUCUGAGCGGGUCGGCAUGACCCACCAGCAUGUGUGUGAUUUCAACCUGCAAAGGCCAAAGAAGAGGAGGAGAAGUAAUAAAAAGAAAAAAUUCUCUAAUAAUCACUCUUCCUCCUCUCGGGCCUGCACGCUGUGCAACUUUUUUAUUACUCAAAACUCAAAGGGAAAGAGUGCUUAUUUAUUUUAUAACUUUUUAUGAAAGAUCUUUCUAUUCAAUGUGGAAUUCCAACGAUUGAAACAAAAAAAUCUGGUUGCGUUACGCGGGCCAUAUUUUUGCAUUAAUUUAUUGUAGUUUUAUUUCGUAGUCGUUUCUAUUGUUUGAUUUCAAGUAUUUGUGUCAGUUUUUCUUCAUGGACAUCAAGGAUUUAUGAUCACCAUCAUAACCUCAAUCAGAAGACGAAGAAAGGAGAUGGAUUAGAGGAACUUUGAGCGGUCAUUGUCCUAGAAACCUGUGUCACAUGUCUGAAAAUGUCUAAAGAUCUGUGUAGACGUUUAAUUUUUGCUUCCAAACAACUUAAAUCCUUUAGAGUUUUAUGUAGCCGACCCUAAACACAGGAUCAACAGUGCAGAAAUAGAGGUUCAAAGGCUCACAUGCGCACAAUACAGUCAGUAUGUAAAAGAAAAUCAACCUUAUGAUGUAUUUUUCAUGAUCAAACACUCUGUUAAUUUCGUUUACGUUUGUGUUCUUGUCCUAGUUUUUUUCUCAGUGAUUUUUGAUGGUGUCUCAUGUUUUCUCAGGCAUGAUCAUUUGAUUAGUUUUUGUUUACUUUCCUCUUACCAGCCUGUCUGUGUCUGACGUUGUCAUUGUCUCGAUAAGCCAGUUUGUUAAUGUUUGAUACUUGUAAGUGUGGCACAAACCUGCUCUCUUUUUACCGUCCUGAUCUUCAGUGUCGCAGUAUGCCAAAGCCCUGAUCUUACUCCAAAUAAAGAUGGAAACUCAUUUUUGUUCAAUCAGAUUGGUAUUCCAGCUUCAGGCUGUAAAACACGUGUAUGAUUUUUACACCUAACUUUGGAUGGUAAAUCAUCCAGCAAAGCCAAAGGGUCAAACUUGUGCUAUUGUUCGUCUCACAUUUGAAAACGAGUAAAAACAGCUCUGUUAAUUUGUUUUGAAACUUGAGGACAACACAUGUAGGCCCCUGAGAAAUGACAAUAUGUGGAUUUUGUUUGCAGUAUAUAUUUCUAUAUAUUAAGUGGAAGGUCCUGAGGCCACUCUGUGCCACGUAUUAGAAGAACAACCCUGCGGUCUGUUGAACUAUUUUCACAUCAACCUCAUGUCUACUGUUGUUUUUACAUUUUUAUCAGCAAAGCUAUGACGAAUAAACCUUAACAAACCUCA